AAUGGAGCUCUGGCUGAUUCACCCCAGCCCUGUCUUUUCCAAUCUCUGGCUUCCAACAACCAUCCACAGAGAAAUUUUCUCCAAGGUUCCCUGAUCCCAUCACUGACCGGAGCCGACCCAAAAACGAUGGAGGACAAAACCUCAGCUCAGCCCAGUCCUAAAGGAAGAGGAUGCAGCGACUUGGAGGAGUUCCGCUCUCACCUGCGGCAACAUUUGUGUUAUACACAAAACAAUCAGCCAGCAGAGGGUUCCAGCUGCAAACUCUGCCCCAAGGACUGGCUGCUGCAUGGGGACAAAUGUUACUGGUUUUCUACAGUUUUUAAAACCUGGGAGUGGAGCCGUGACGACUGUUUAAUGAAGAGAGCACAACUGCUAGUGAUCCAUGACCGGGAGGAGAUGGCGUCCAUAUGGAAUAUUACACGGGACCAACAUCAGGUGUGGAUUGGACUUAACAUCGCAUCCCCAGGGAGGACGUGGACCUGGCAGGAUGGAUCCCCGUUAAAUCAAACACUGUUACCAAUUUCGGAUCCUGAGAAAGAGAACAACUGUGGCUCUGUGAAGAAAAACAAGAUCCUUUCUGAAAUCUGCCAAACUGAGUCGAAAUGGAUUUGCCAGAAAGCAGCUGUCCUAGUUUAAGGAGACGGAUUUGUGAGCUCUGUUUGCACAGGAGGAAUGUAAAAAGCUCUGUGUGUUUCAUCGUUAUUUCAGCUAUUAAAAACGACGGGUGAGAUGCUCAG